GACCAGCGCCAGGCCCGCGGGCACAGCGGCGGUGCGCAUCAUGAGCCGCAUCUACCACGACUGCGCCCUCCGGAACAAGGCGGUGCGGAGCGCGCGGCUGCCGGGGGCCUGGGACCCCGCCAUCCACCAGGGGGGAAACGGCGUCCUGCUGGAGGGAGAACUGGUAGAUGUGUCUCGCCACCGCAUCUUGGAUGCCCGUGACAGGAAGGAGCACUACUAUGUGCUGUACAUCAGGCCCAGUCGCAUCCAUCGCCGGAAGUUCGACCCCAAGGGAAAUGAAAUCGAGCCCAACUUCAGCGCCACCAGGAAGGUGAACACGGGCUUCCUCAUGUCAUCCUACAAGGUGGAAGCAACGGGGGACACGGACAGACUCACGCCCGAGGCGCUGAAAGCACUGAUACAAAAGUCAGAGCUGCUUGCGCUGACGGAGAGCCUUACCCCCGACCAGACAGUGGCGUUCUGGAUGUCCGAGUCAGAGAUGGAGGCGUUGGAGCUGGAGCCGGGGGUCGGGGUACGGCUGAAAACUCGAGGCGAUGGCCCCUUCCUGGAGUCAUUAGCCAAACUUGAGGCUGGAACAGUGACCAAGUGUAAUUUUGCUGGUGAUGGAAAGACAGGGGCAUCCUGGACAGACAACAUCAUGGCCCAGAAGUCUUCGGAGGGAGCCACAGCGGAGACCCGAGAGCAGGGGGACGGGGCGGAGGACGAGGAGUGGGUAGGUCAAGAGAGAUGACUGUGGGCCCGGCAUUGGUACAGUUUACCUCUCGGCAGGAGUUUUGUCUGCACGGACUGAGGUUGGGUGUAGGACAAGAACGCAGCAGCACACAUUUCACACCCCCAUUUCACACCCCCAGCUGUGGUGGAAUUCCACGGGAUUCCUGAGUGUGUGUUAGCCUCAGGAAAGUUCUUUUCAAGGAAUGAACGGUGACCACUUGAGACCUUUCUUUUUGGUGGGUCUGAGCUGUGCCAAUCUACAAGAAAGUCCCAAAGAUUGAUAAAAGCAAGGGAUGGAAAGAAUGGACUAUGGAGGGGAACCUGUGAAACCUGAUGCCGUUAAAUCUCCAAACAUUUUCACUUCCAGUGAAUACAUUAGCCGUGUUGUGGCAGCUGAGCUGAAUGAGCAUUUCUUUUCCUCCUCCUUCGUUCUGGGCUCCCUGCCCAAAGUGGCUGGAAAAUGGCUGGCUUGGUCCUCACUAGGUUGGGUAUUUUUUUUUUUUUUUUUUUUGCCAAGGAUCAGCCCCCUAGUUGAUCUUUAGUCUAUCCACGGUCGAUGUGUUUUUCUGAAGUGUAUUUCACCCGAAGAUUUGAAUUGAUGUCAAAAGGCCCCAAAUUGAACAUUUAAAACAAAGUCACAGAAGAAUGGGCUAUUUACCUGGGUGAUAUGGAUAAUGAUACUUGCCAGAGAAAGCAGGGCAGAAAGAGUGGAGGGUCUGGAGUCCCCUCAGAAUGAAAAACAAUUAGAGCCACCAGACCCGAUCCCUGGGCCCGCUCAAAUGAGGUGAAGCCAAGAAAGGUGGCUGAGGGUUCCACUGGUACCCCUCAAGGGAACCCUUGUUUGUCUGAUGACUUGUAGGAGACUUUUAUGAAAUGCGCUCUGUUCAUACCUCUUUACUUAACCCCGAGGACGACUGAGGCGAGUGGGAGUGAAGCGCCUCCCGGGCCUACCAGCACUGCUGAGAAUCUCUUCCAUCAACAUCGACUCUGGAGGUCGAGGGAGCGGUCCGCCAAGCCUUCCCUGGUUCUUCCUACAGCUGCCAUGGAAUGCUCUUGGAAUAAGCAGUGCUAAAAUCAAAUCCAAGACGGUGACAUGAACAGUGGCGCCCCAUGCUGUGGCUCAUGGAGGGGCCCUCCCUCGAUGUGCGUCUAGAUCUUCUAGAUGUUUCCAUGGUGGCCCUUGCCCUUAAAUGGCAGCCUUGUUUCUGGAAGCAGUCAGUGGAACCAAACUUGGUCUUUGUGUAGACUUGGGGAAUGUCCCUCAUCUGCAUGCAGAGUGGCUCAGGGGUCCCUUCCUCUGCCCUUGUAUUUUCUCCUAUACCUUCCACGCCUGC